AUGGAGCCUGGCUUUGAGUUCAGGCGCGAUCUCGAGCAGCUUGUACACAACAACGUCCUCCGCUCGAACUGUCACGCACAGCGCUCACGCUUCCGACCUGGUGUCUUAGUCUCAUCAGAUCCUGCUGAUAUUCAUCUGCAGCAGCGCACGAAGAAGAAACUAGCGCGUGUACUACGAUCUUUACGCGAGGACUACGGUGUCUCGUUAGCACAGAGCAAAGAAGCUUUGGCGUAUACAAAUUCGCUAGAAGAUGCACUGAAUUUCCUGGCUCUGCAAUACACAAGCGAGGAGUUACCACCCACAUUGCAUGCUCUACCAAAGGAAGUUUUGAGUCGAAAUGGCAUGGACAAGAACGAUGGUGAGCUUCUGGCUGAGGUGAAUGUUAACAAGAAAGAGAAUGAAUUUGAUCAAGCAGAUACGAAGAAGUCAGAAAUGCUGCCAAGUUGCUCUCAAAACCCUACUGGUUUGAAUAAAAUCGAGGAUACAACCCAGAAUGCGCGAUCAUGGACGCAACAAUAUGUGUUAGAUAUGGCUAAAAAAGAAGAAGAGAUACUUUGUGCUGAAAAUGAAAUAUCUUGUGAAUCUCGCGAGUUGCAGGAGCUAGUUGAGCGCUAUAAUGCCGUGAUAGCAGCGUUGCAUUGCCUUCAAGACCGAAAGAUGAAGAAGAGAGGCGACAAGCUCGAGAUAUGUAAACUUAAGCAAGAAAUUCAAGAAAGAGAAUGUCAAUUACUUGCUUUAGGGUGGAAAAAGUCUAAGCAGCAAGAUGAUAAAACUGUUAGGAGAAACGAAACGAUAGUUGCUGAUAAAGAAGACUAUUCCUCAGAGACAUUGACAUCAGAUAGUGAAUUGAUGUCGCUAGCUUUCGAUCUGACUUGCGACGACGCCAAAGAUGACGAGACCGAAGAGAAGAGUGAAAAGACCGUGAGAGAGACUCAAGCAGUCAACUUUACUAUUGAUACAUUGAAAUCUAAUGAAGAUAAUAACGGCGAUGACGAUGGUAUAUUUGGGCUGUUAGAACAAGCGGAAGCCACAGUAGUGAGUGCUCAAGAGAUUUCAAAAAGUGCAGCAAUUGAUCCAGCGGCUCUAAUUGCCGCACAAGCAAUUGCAAACCUUCCAGAUUUGAAAAAAACCAAAAGAGGAAAGAACAAGAAAGGACGUAAUGUAUUGAAACUUCAAGCAGCAGCUGCUCAAACUCAGAUGGAAGCUACAACAGCUACAUGGACGGGAAAAUCGCCACGGGAUCACUUAGAGCAGUAUUGUCAAAAGAAUGGAUUUAACAAACCACAAUUUCAGAAGCUAGCUCGACCUGUGAAUGAAACACACUUAUAUUCUGUCACUUUUGGCGACAAAACCGGCGACGUCUAUAUUUGUAACGUCAGAGAUGCUGAAGAUGUGGCUCAUGGGUUUGAUUCAAUUUCAAAAGCGAAAGAUGCUGUCGCAACGAGCGCUUUGUUCGAACUCGCGUCGAACUUACCACUGUAUCGAGUGUUACCGCCAGUAUAUCGCGAGAUGUGGCAGAAAUGGAUAAAGGAACAGCAAGAGGCAGACGCAGCGGUCGUAGCUGCCGAUGACAAUGCACAGGACAAGCUGCUUACGGAAAUUCUGUACGCACUUCCUCCUGAAAUUGCAGAAAAAAGAGCUCUACUCGAACCAGCAGUGACGUUGACGCCUUUGAAGAAAAAAACAGAAGCUGCAUUGUGUGAUUGGAAUGUGGAUGACUGGGACGCCGAUUUAUCUGACGACGACUCAAGGGUUAAAGAUACUGUGACGAUAAGUAAAGCAAUAGUAUCGUUUAAUGAUCUACAGGUCGAAGAAGAGAGCGAAAAAGACCGUGAUAAUGCGUUAAAGCUGUCAAAUCAGCUACGUCAAGUGCUUGAAAAGCGAAUGCGAUCUAGUGCACACCGCUCAAAGCUCCCGCAGCGUGAUUCCUUGCCCAUUGCGUCAUUUAAACAGCAAAUAAUCGAAAUGCUUGAAGAUCACGACGUCAUUUUGAUCUCUGGUGAGACUGGAUGUGGCAAAAGUACGCAAGUGCCGCAAUUUCUACUCGAAAAUAUGCUGCUAUCCGCCCACGGCGGUGCACGUGGCCAGAUCAUUUGUACGCAGCCUCGUCGGCUUGCUGCGAUCAGUUUAGCUGAACGUGUUUCUGACGAGCUAGGGGAAGCAAACAUGGGUACGGGAGACUCGCUCAUAGGUUUCCAGAUUCGUCUUGAAUCGCGUUUAUCACGACUCACACGUCUGCUCUUCUGUACAACUGGCAUUUUGCUGCGAAAGCUACAAGAUACCCGUACAUUAGACGAAGAAGUUAGUCACGUAAUUGUGGACGAAGUGCACGAACGCGAUCUGCAGAGUGACGUGCUGCUGGCCAUGUUGCGUCAAUUUCUUGCCGAACGCAAUGCUGCGAGACGACGAAAGUUUGGUGGAACAUUGCCGCCUUUAAAGGUGAUUCUUAUGAGUGCCACACUGAGUGCAGCAAGUUUUCAGCAAUAUUUUGGUGGGUCUGCAGUAUGCCCGAUGGUUGAAGUACCUGGUCGUACAUUUCCUGUCGAGCAAUUUUACCUCGAAGAUGUGCUUGAAAGAACUCAUUUUGUUGUCGACGAGGAAUCUCCAGCUUACGUCGGUGACGAGCAAAGCCCUUCGUAUAAACACUCGACCCAAGUGACGAUUUCUGGACGUGGAGGCACAUCGUACACACAGCAGGUAUCUUGGACGUCGACUCUGGGAUCUUCUGUGACUUCAAAAAUAAGUGAGCAAGAAUUGCUUGCAGAAACGUAUAGUGAGUCGACUCGGCGUGCGUUAAGGCGUUUGGAUCCAUCUGUUGUCAAUUACGAACUCAUUCAAGCACUGUUGGAAUAUGUGACGAUAGAGACAGAUAUGUUAUCGUUAUCAAGUUGUCAAUCGAGCGCAUCGGUUCUUAUAUUCCUUCCUGGUCUCCAAGAAAUUACAACGCUAUUGAACUUAUUGGAUGGUAGCCGCCUCCUGAGCCAUGAUCCACACGGUCGUGACUUUGAGUUGCUCCCUCUUCACUCGUCACUGUCAGCAGAUGAGCAGCAGCGCAUUUUUAAACGACGUGCUGGAGUUAUUCGAAUAAUUGCUGCGACCAAUAUUGCUGAGACGUCGUUGACGAUCGAUGACGUUAAGGUCGUGAUUGAUACAGGACGCGUCAAGCAAAUGAGUCAUGACGCACAGCAUCGCACUAAUGUACUGGACGAAAUCUGGAUCGCACGUGCAAAUGCGAAGCAGCGCGCAGGUCGUGCUGGUCGUACAAGUGGCGGCAUGUGUUUCCGUCUUUUUCCUGAGUCAAUCUUUAAUUCUGUGAUGCUAGAACAGCCUAUACCGGAGAUUCGACGUGCUCCAUUAACUUCUCUAUGCUUACAGAUCAAGACCUUAAGCUCGAAUGGGCAACAAAAAGAUGGAUGUAGAGAUUUUCUUCGUAUGUGUUUAGAUCCACCAGACGACAAAAGUAUCCAAGACGCACUUGACGAGCUGUUUGAGAUUGGCGCACUAAAUCGUGAGGACGAAGGAGUGACAGAAUUGGGUAGCCAUUUAGUCCAACUUCCGGUGGACGUGAAAGUUGGAAAGUUGCUCCUAUUGGGAGCACUAUUUGGAGUUUUUGACGCUGCAAGCACCUGUGCAGCCAUUUUAGAAACCAAGUCGCCGUUCGUUGCACCAUUUGGUCGCCAGAAUGACAUGAAACAGAUGCGUCAGACAUUUGCAGUAGGUGCAAGCGAUUUACUCACAGAUGUGAACGCCUUUGAAGCGUGGCGAUACGUUGUACAACACGGCAAGAAAGAUCGUGUGAACGAAAAGAGCUUUUGCCAGCAGCAUUUCCUAAGUUCUCGAGGACUUCGAGAACUUAGUAAACUCAAGCGUCAGUUUCAAGGAGUUGUCGCCCAGCUUGGCUUUCUACCGUCUGUAUCAACGGAAUGCGAACGGAUGAAUCGUCAGCAAUUGGCAAUCAUGUCUGCGAUUCUAUACGCUGGUUUGGCUCCCAAUCUAGUCCAUGCUGAGCCAUCACUAGCAUAUGGUUCGAAACGUCCAAUCUUUCGUGAACAAAAUCAUGGCAUUGUCGUGAUGCAUCCAAGCUCUAUCAACUACAAAGUAGUCAGCUUCUCUGCAAGUAACUUUCUGACGUACGCUGUCAAGCUACACACGUCCCAGAUCUAUCUUCCAGCUUCGAGUUUGGUAUUACCUUUGGCCGUGUGUCUUUUUUGUCGGACAUUUGAGUUGUUACCACAAUUGCGACGCAAAGACAAGAAUGGAUACGAAACGAUUGGAUUGCGAGUGGAUGACUGGGUGGUCAUCCACAGUUCGUUCCGUUCAGCUGUCUUGAUGCAAGAAUUGCGUCUUGUGCUUGGGGAAUGUAUUGCUUCUAAUUUUCGAACGCCUCCGUAUGCUCGCAAUGUGAAAGCUGAGACGAUAGAAGAGAAAAACAAAAUUUUUGACGUCCUGAGCAUUCUCUUCUUGGCUGAGUAUGAAGAAAAUGAUCUGAAACAAGAGCUUUCAGGUAAUUUGGGUAAAACAAUAGCAAAAUUGCAAUUUUAA